AAGUGAACUGCAGAGUCAGGUCAAGUACAAAAGAGAUUUUGAAGAAAGCAAAGGGCGGGGCUUCAGCAUCGUAACCGACACACCGGAACUACAGAGGCUGAAGAGGACCCAGGAACAAAUCAGUAAUAAAUUUAUUUCAAAAAGAGCUAAACAUUCUGCUUAAGAUAUCGACAUGACAACUAACACAAGGAUUGCAGUGGAUUGAAAGCAGGAAUAUGCAUUUUAUUCAAUACCAGAGGUUGUUUGCAGAUCCACUCUUCAUUAUGCAAAAACCCUUGUCACACAGACAGCGGUUUUUGACAGUGGCCUGGUCUGUGUCUGUUUUGAGAUGGAGAAGGUGAGAAAAUGUCCAGACUGGACAGACAUCAGACUCUUUCUGCUGGAGAUGCCGGGAGGCUCAUCUUGGAAGUUAGAAGGGAUAUGAGAUUUGAGCUCCAAGUUUAAUACAGGAUGACGUGGCGGAGAAAUAUUUUAUGAAGGGGAAGGAAAAGAGCCCCAGAUGACAAAACUUGUAUUUUACAGACUGGCUGAAAUACACAGUGAAGAGUCAUUGAGAACUGAUUACAUGAUGGGAAAUGAGAAAAAGCAGCCAUUGAAGUCUAAUGAAGGUAAUUCACCAGAAGUAUGAUGAAGGUGUUCUUUAAGCCUGUUAUUGAAGACCUGAGCAUGGAAUUGGCCAGAAAAUGCACCGAACUCAUUAGCGAUAUCCAUUAUAGAGAAGAGUAUAAAAAAUCUAAGGACAAGUGUACAUUUGUGACUGACACUCCGAUGCUGAACCAUGUAAAAAAUAUUGGUGCUUUUAUUUCUGAGGCAAAAUACAAAGGUACCACUAAGGCGGACCUCUCAAAUUCUCUCUAUAAGCAGAUGCCAGCCACAAUUGACAGUGUCUUCGCAAGAGAAGUCACACAGCUUCAGAGUAAGAUCGCCUAUAAGCAGAAACAUGAUGCUGCCAGAGGACUCUCAGAUUACACCCAUAUGAAGGAGCCACCUGAGAUCAAACAUGCCAUGGAGGUCAAUAAACACCAGAGUAAUAUUUCUUAUAGAAAAGAUAUGCAGGACACCCACAUGUAUAAUGCAGAGCUCAACAGACCAGACAUCAAGAUGGCAACGCAGAUCUCCAAGAUCGUAAGCAAUGCAGAGUACAAGAAAGGCCAAGGAGUAAUGAAUAAAGAGCCUGCUGUAAUUGGAAGACUAGAUUUUGAACAUGCUGUUGAAGCUUCUAAACUUUCUAGUCAAAUUAAAUACAAAGAAAAAUUUGAUAAUGAAAUGAAGGAUAAGAAACAUCAUUACAAUCCCCUUGAAAGUGUUUCUUUUAAGCAAAGCCAGCUUGCCACUGAGCUGGCAAGCAAUCGAGAGUAUAGGAAGAUUUUUGAGGAAAACAAAGGCAUGUAUCAUUUUGAUUCGGACGCUGCAGAACACCUGCACCACAAAGGCAACGCCAUCCUCCAGAGUCAGGUUAAGUACAGAGAAGAAUAUGAAAAAAAUAAGGGGAAAUCGAUGCUUGAAUUUGUUGAGACACCAUCAUAUCAAGCUUCAAAGGAGGCCCAGAAGAUGCAGAGUGAGGCGAUUUACAGAGAGGAUUUUGAGAGAGAGAUUAAAGGAAGGUCAUCACUGGAUUUAGACAAGACUCCAGAAUUUCUGCAUGUAAAGUACAUCACCAACUUACUGAAGGAGAAGGAAUAUAGAAAAGAUUUGGAAAAUGAAAUAAAAGGGAAAGGAAUGGAACUUAAUUCAGAAGUUCUUGAUAUUCAAAGAGCAAAACGAGCAUCUGAAAUAGCUAGUGAGAAAGAAUACAAGAAAGACCUGGAGUCAGAAAUUAAAGGGAAAGGAAUGCAAGUUGGCAUUGAUACCCUUGAAAUACAACAUGCCAAAAAAGCUUCAGAGAUAGCUUCAGAGAAAGACUAUAAAAGAGAUCUAGAGACUGAAAUUAAAGGGAAGGGCAUGCAGGUGAGCACAGACACACUUGAUAUCCAGAGAGCCAAGAAAGCAUCCGGAAUGGCCAGCCAGAUAGAAUAUAAGAAAGAUCUGGAAACAGAAAUCAAAGGGAAAGGAAUGCAAGUGAGCAUGGACGUUCUGGAUAUGCUGCGAGCCAAGAGGGCAUCGGAAAUCUAUAGCCAGAAAAAGUAUAAAGAUGAAGCAGAGAAGAUGCUUUCUAACUAUUCUCCUGUGGCAGAUACUCCUGAAAUCCAGAGAAUUAAGACAACUCAACAAAACAUUAGUUCAGUAUUUUAUAAGAAAGAAGUAGGAGCUGGCACAGCAGUAAAAGAUUCUCCAGAGAUUGAACGAGUGAAGAAAAAUCAGCAGAAUAUUAGUUCAGUGAAAUACAAAGAAGGGAUAAAGCAUGCAGCAGCCAUUUCUGAUUCUCCAGAGCUAAAGGGAAUUAAAGAAAACCAGAAGAACAUUAGCAAUCUCCAGUACAAAGAGCAGAGCUACAGGGCAACCCCAGUCAGCAUGACACCAGAGAUAGAGAGAGUGAGGAGGAACCAGGAGCAGCUGAGUACGGUAAAAUACAAAGGAGAGAUUAAACAGGCAACUGCAAUUUCUGAUCCACCAGAGCUGAAGAGAGUUAAAGAAAACCAGAGGAAUAUCAGCAAUGUUUAUUAUAAAGGCCAGCUGGGAAGAGCUACGGCUUUAAGUGUAACUCCUGAGAUGGAAAGAGUAAAGAAGAAUCAAGAAAAUAUUAGUUCGGUAAAAUAUACUCAGGACCAUAAACAGAUGAAAGGUAGACCAAGUCUUAUUUUAGAUACACCUGGUCUGAGAUAUGUCAAAGAAGCACAAAAUCAUAUUUCAAUGGUCAAAUAUCAUGAAGAUUUUGAAAAGACAAAGGGGAGGGGCUUUACCCCUGUCGUGGACGACCCUGUGACAGAGCGCGUGAGGAAGAACACCCAGGUGGUCAGCGAUGCCGCUUACAAAGGUGUCCACCCUCACAUCGUGGAGAUGGACAGGAGACCUGGCAUCAUUGUUGACCUCAAAGUUUGGCGCACAGAUCCUGGCUCCAUCUUCGACAUUGACCCCCUGGAAGACAAUAUUCAGUCUAGAAGUCUACACAUGCUCUCUGAAAAGGCAAGUCAAUAUAGGAGACAGCGGUCUCGAUCUCAUUCGAGCAGUACUUUUGGUACAGUUCUUGGAGAUGACAAGUCAGAAAUAUCCGAGAUUUACCCUAGCUUUUCAUGCAGCAGUGAGGUGACAAGACCGUCUGAUGAAGGAGCACCUGUUCUUCCUGGAGCCUACCAGCAGAGCCAUUCCCAAGGGUACGGGUACAUGCACCAGACCAGCCUGUCGUCCAUGAGGUCAAUGCAGCAUUCACCAAAUCUAAGGACCUACCGAGCCAUGUACGAUUACAGUGCCCAGGAUGAAGAUGAAGUCUCCUUCAGGGACGGCGACUACAUUGUCAACGUGCAGCCCAUCGAUGACGGCUGGAUGUAUGGCACGGUGCAGAGAACUGGGAAAACCGGGAUGCUCCCAGCAAAUUACAUUGAGUUUGUUAAUUAAUUAUUUCCCCAUGCCCUUUGAGCUUUACUCUAAUGUAUACUAAACCUAGUCUUUUUAAAAGAUAGAAGACACUUGUAAGACAACUUGGCAGUUAUUUUACAAUAAUUUACCCUUCCUCUGACAAUUAGACACACAGGUACCAGGAAGAAGGAAUGAUUUCUGGGCUGAGAACAGCACCAUUUUCAGUAGUUCCUGUAAACAAAACAAUUAGGUCUGGAGACCUGGUGCUGCUAAUUGUAUUACUGGUGUGUUUUUUUUUUUUUUUUUUUGAUUGGCUACUGAACCCUUCUGGGGAGAUGUAUUUUUGUAGACUUUAAUAGAGAUGUUGAUUGUCUUGUAAAUGUAACACGUAUAUGAGACUUCUUAGCUGUCACUUUGGAAUCACCAGAAGCCAAUUCUCUUAAUUCAGCAACACAGCCAAUAAUUUAAAAACAGCGUAGCUUUGGAGUCAUUAGGCAAUUUCCAAUUCCAGUGAACAUCAUCUAGUAUAAUAAAGUAAGCAAUGGCAAAAUGACAGUUUUGUUAAAAUUAUAUUGAGUGGUGGCCUUAGGGACCUAGAAACUUCUACUGAACAAAGAAAUGUUUUGUUUCCUUGGCCAACUUGGGUCUAUUUAUUUCUUAUUUGUACCAAGACAUAUCCUACUCUCCACUUACAUCCUAUGGACCCACACGUAUGCUUGGCUCCACAGAAUGUCAGGACCAAAUAACUUCAUAGCUAUUCUGCAAGGGGCAGAUUUAAGGCCAUCUAUAUGAUUUCCCUAAUAGCCUUUACCCUGUUGCAUGACAUGUAGGCUCAAGCUUCUGUAACAUAGGCAGCUGCACUGCCCAUUACUCCUACUAGAUCUAAAAGUGUGGCUGAUAUCUAAAAGCCUUUCCUCUAGUUGUCAGCUCAUCAGAAAAACAUAAUUUGAAAAGUUGCUUGAGAUUCUCCUGCUGCAUUGCACUCUAGUUUUGAAGGAUGUACACUUUAGGAAAUAGAUGUAUACUCUAGUAAAUAAGUGACUUAGGUGUUUAUUGAACAGCUUUCAUUAACUUAAUGCCACUGCUGAUUUAAAAGUUAAGAAAACUUAACAGGAGCCAGUGACAAAGUGGGAUAGGAAGUGUGCUAGACAACAGCAGUGAACAAAAAGUGACCGACCCAAUCUACAGAGAAAGAGAGAGAGAGAGGGAGAGAGAGAGAGAGAGAGAGAGAGAGAGAGAGAGAGAGAGAGAGAGACAGAGAGAGAGAGAGAGAGAGAGAGAGAGAGAGAGAGAGAGAGAGAGAAUCUGGUUUCUUGUUUUGGAAAAGGUAUUCAAAUUCUGGAAUGGAAUUGUAGCCGCUGAAACCAGUAAAACAAAAGACUUUCUUGUCACUUUCUGCUUUUUACUUUCUAAAUCACAUUCAGGGGGCGAGAUAGGAAUGUCAUCAGGGAUUGUAGGUCCAGGCACAGGCUGUUCACUGAAAAUGGAAUUGUUGUCAGAUUUUGAUUUUUCAAGUGAGUGACCUUGCAGUUUCUUUCUGGACUCGCAGCCAUGACUGCAGCCUUUGCUGGUGGGUUGUGACUUUCACCUGAGUCCACAGUCAAGAUCACCUGAGAUUAACAUCCAUCAGCAGCUGUGUUUUUCUGAUUGUGUCGUUUAUUGGGACCUGCAGCAGGGUAGCAUUCGUGUAGGAUCUGACUCUGUAGUUGCGGUGAAGCUGAAAAAGCUAAGUCUCAAAAAUGUAAUAAAAGGUAUGGGUUGGGGAUAUCUCCUUAUACCUUUUAAUCAAAGAAAUUAACAAAAUAUAUUUUAUUGAAAUGUUUAUCAGUCCAAAGGCAAACAUUAAUUUAUUAACACCUUUGAGAGCUUAGCAAAUACUUUUGAAAAUCUGUAGUUUCAUUUUAUCUAGCUAAAAGAGUAAAUAGAAUAAAAUUUAUUGCACGCAAGCUUCAUCUGCAUGACACCGACAUAAAAUUGAAGAGAGACAAAAUUCAGGCAAAUAACUAGAGACUUUCUUUGAGUGAGCUUUACAGAAUAGGCAGUUUGACUGAUUUUCUAUCAUUGAAAUGACCGGUCAUGAUUAGAUUGAUUAAACCCCAUAUCAGUUUUGAUGUCCUGUACACAAACCUACAAACACAAACUUAAUUUGCAAUAUUCUUGCAAAAAUUUAUGUGCAUUAAAAGUGAGGGAAAUGACCUUGCUCAGUUUUACUAUACCAUUAAGUAAAUAUUUACAUUUCACCCAGACUUCUUUUCACGAUUAUAAAAAAGGAGUCGUUGUUGAUUAAAUUUUGCAGACUAAAUGUAGGACAGGUACAAUUUUUGAUAAAUAGCACAUUUUUUAGGGAACUCAAAGAAAACUGACUUAAAAUGAUAAGGAUAAUGGGGAAAAGUUACCAUAAAGUAGCAGCUUGAUAUUUCAUUGUUUUUCUCAUCCACUGAUUUCAAAAUCGGGUUCAUUGAAUGUAAAAGUCAAUACUUACUUGGGGAAUAAUUCUCCUAAAUUGUAAGCUUUACAUAAUGUUUGCAUAGUAAGAUGUUUCUGCUUCCAGCCUUUAGGAAUUCAGAUCUGAUCAGAAUUUAACGCGAGGGAGGUUAUUUUACAGUAAAGACCGAGGGAGAACAAGAUGUCAUGUGCUUCUGACACUCCCACUUGAGAGUGUUGUCAUUGUCACUAAAGCUUAUCAGGAUAUUAAGCCUCUCAGCAGAAAUAUAGGAAUUAUGUGUAUUAAUACCAAAGUGCUAUUUCACAGAAUCGUUUUCAAAGCUACAGCGCUGAAUAGCUUUUCCUCUUUCAACACGGUACCUGCCCAGCUUCAGUUUGGCAAGAGGUAUCAUACAUAACGCUGACAGCUAAGCAAGGGUCUAAGAAACGAGCCUUUUUACAAAUCAAGUUACAGAAGACUGUGGGUGCCCACGCACCGAGAGCACGCGCCUGCUUUCCUCAGCCCGUGUCCUCCAGCCUGACAAAAGCACAAGGAGCCAUGUGAUAGACUUUUUCAAGUUUUUGGAAACAAUGCUGAAUGUGGAUCACACCUCUCUGGAGAAAAGCAGUUUUUGUAGCAAGUGUUUUUAUGAAUUCUCAGUCUCCAAGGAAGCUUUCUAUCUCUCACCUGUGGCAAAAUGACUUCUUUGUGUCUUCUUGUCAUCUCACAUUAGCAUUUAUCUGGUUGCCAGGUGCCCCUGCAUCUUCUCAGACCUCCCCCCACCUCCAGACACCACCCAGGAAUAUGCAAGCACAAUUCCCAAGAGCACCUUGUGUAAAGAGGGAUGAGACCAGACCAGCCCCUCCCUUGCCACUAGAGUCAUUGCUUGAAGAUGGUAAAGAUGCAGAUUUGCCCGUUUUGCCACAGUCUUUUUUCCCUUAUCGUCUCUGUGUUGAGUUCUACAACACUUUGGGGGUUGGGAAGCCAACUUUUCUAAAACAGUGAAAGUUGAAGAGGUGUAUUUUUUUUUUUAAUUUGUUCAACUCCAGUGGAAUGUUUUUAAUGAAAAGACAGAGAAAAUGUGUGUGAUCCUUUAAUAACACAUCUCUAUAUAAAGUAGAUAUAGUUUAUACCAAAAUUAUAAUAUAGAUAUAUACAAAAAUAGGUGCCUUUUUGAUUACCCUUGUUUGUCCACUAUUGUCUGGGAAAGAAAAGCAAGCUUCUGCUUAUCCUAUAGUCAUAUUUUAUUACACAUGAUUGGUAUUUUUGUGGUGGGGAAGUAAGACGCUCCUGACAGGUAUGAAGGGUGAUAGCUGAUUAUUUUACUUCUAAAGGUUUAGGAAUUUAGAAAAUACUGACUCCACCAAUUUUUGAACGGUUCUUUGUAGAUUUAUAUAUAGUUAACCUGCAUAAACAUUAAUUUUAGGCUUGAGAUAUAAAAUACCUAUAUUAUGAGGCUGAAUUCAUUACACACGAUGAAAUUCACUUCACAGAUUCAUUAUAUCUUAGCUAUUUGCUUCUGAUCAUCUAAAAGUGGCUGGAGUGUGCUUGUUUUGGCUAACGUGACAUGGUGCUGAGAAAGCUUUAGUUAAGGAAGAAGCUAUGUAAACAAGUGGUAAAUGAAAGUCUCCUUCUCAAGUAUUCCUUGCCCAUUAGGUCCUCCCCAGGCCGCUGUCAACUAUCGAUGAUCCAAAAACUCAUGACAUUGUAUAAUGCUUGUGUGGUCAUCAUUCCAGGAUGCUUAGGCUCCUGGAGUCCACAAGCCUGGAAGGGCCCCCAGGGCAAAUCUCAUCCCCAGUUGUCCAUGUUACUUAGUGUAUUCAUGGAAAUUCCAUAUGUUUUUGGUGUUAGAUAUAUGGUAUUCAGUUUGCAUAGUGUAUACUUCUUUGUAAUCCAGUGCUAUUAAGAAUGCUUUACUUAAAGGAAAGAAAGAAAUCUGCAUUGUAGUCCCAUUCUUCAGUGUCCACACAAAGAAUAGCUGAGCAUCUUAGAAGCAGCAGCGAGUGUGUUACAGGCAUGGCGUGGAACAGUUUGGCCUUUGGCUUGUGAUAAAAGUACAAAAUUGAAUCACUGUGCAGUUUGGCUUUUAUUUACUUUAAAAUGUGUAGAACUGUGGUUGAUUAAUUUGCAAGAUUUUACUAACUUUGAGAACUUACAGUUUUGAAGGAAACAAUGUUUUUAAAAUGAAGGGCCUCACAGAAGAAACAACCCAAUGUUACUAAUAGAAUCUGGCUUUUGUUAUGCAAAUUGUUAACACCAGCUAUUAAAAUAUAUUUUAGUAGAAAUGCUUUAAUUCAUGUUUUUUUCCUCUACACUGUGAAUCUUGAAGCCUCGGUGGACUAGAGCAACAUCAUGCUGCCCAAAGGACUCACCUAUGCAAACUAGUUCACAUGUUAGUAGGUGUCACAGUACCCGGGUAAUAAGGCAUUACUUCCCCUGCGUAACGUGCAGCGGCAUUGAAAUAACACAUUACGCCUAAUAUCAUGUACGUACAGUGUAGUCACUCACAGACCCUUCAAGGCUACCAGAAUCAUUAGUAGUAGUAUUUGUUUAAAGGCAAAUCACUGAAUUAUCUAUUUGAACUACUGACCGAUGUAAUAACAAGAAUGAUGGAUGAAUGUGUCAGCCAUGGCUGCUGUGUGGUCACUGCAGGUGUCCUCCGGGGACAGAACUAUGUUCUCAGAUGCACUUUCUUCAGGGUAUUAUUUUUCUGUGUCUUCUUUCUGUAUUUGUAAAACAUUAGAACGCUUUAAUUUCCUAUCUACAACUUGGUUUGCUUAAAUAAAUGCGGGAUAUAAAAAAUGGUUCCA